AUGUGUCUAUUGGAAGCCAAAAAGGUGGAAUAUUCUGUCUCUAGAGAUGCGAUCAGCUCUCUUCCAGAUGAGAUACUUGCUAAGAUAUUGUCUGAUCUUCCCACAAAACUAGCUGUUUCCACGUCUGUCCUCUCCAAAAGAUGGAGGAAUCUGUCUCCACUGAUGACUCAUCUCUUUGCUUCUCAACAUCAUUUCUAUUUAGACGACUCUGAUUUACUUUUUCCUGAGGUAAAUAUUGGUAAUACACAAUCAUAUCCGUUUAUAUUGAGGAAGAGAGAGUUGCUACAGAGGUUCAGAGAUUUCGUGGGAAAAACACUUUCCGGUUGCAAUUCCAUAAAGAAACUCUCGCUGAAAUGUCAAGAAGGUUUAAUCACUUUCCCUCUUGCCGACAAAUGGAUACGCAUUGCCUUGGACAUAGGUCUCGUGGAUCUUGAUCUGCGUCUAACAACGAGAGGGCGUAGAGAGGCAGCAUAUUUGCCUAAGAGUAUUGUCUUCAGAAACAAGACGCUGGUUAAGCUAACUUUAGGAAUAGAGAUUGGUAGUCUUCGAAUAAAUAUUUAUUUUGAAGUGUCUCUUCCAGUGCUAAAGAGUCUCUUCUUGCAUGGAGCUUGCUUUAGAUGCGAGCACCUGUGCGCUCUGAUGCUUCCUGCUUGUCCUGUACUUGAGGAAUUAUCCUUAGAGUAUUACUUUUGCGCUUUCCAAAGAUAUACAACAAACUUAGAUAUAUCCCACAAAACCCUCAAGAGACUCACAGUUCACUACAACAGCAGUAUGAAAUUCUCUGCUUUCACUAAACUCGACACACCGAGUCUUGUUUACUUUGAUUUUUCUGGUCACGCUCCUGUGCAAAAUUGUUCAACUGCCAAUUUCUUGGAUUCCCUUGUCGAAGCCAAACUAGAUGUUGAUGAGCCAGAGAUCCAGAGGCAAAGUGGAGAUCAUCUAUCUACGAUCAUCUAUUGGGUGAGGAACGUUAAGAGCCUUACCCUGUCUUCUACUACUGUUAAGGAAAUGUAUAGAAGCGGUAUGGUAGUACCUUCCUUUGUAAUAAGUCUUGUUAAGCUUUCUAUAGAGAGUGAUACAAAACAAGGUUGGCAAGUGCUUCCGAGUCUGCUCAACAAAUCUCCACAACUUCAAACUUUGGUCCUCAAGGGCUUGCACUCUAUAAACAAUGAGGGAGUCGACAUUGAUCCAAGCAAAGUGAAGGUGUUGGAGAUAUAUGGGUUUAGAGGAAGUGUUGGAGAAUUUAGACAAUGCAAGCGCUUUUUAUGUCAAAUGCAGCUUCUUCAAGUCAUGAAAGUGGAAAUCGAUGCUGAUGAUGAUAUCAAGAAACUCCAACUCAUCAGUGACCUUCUUGCUCUUCCUCCUAAGGGUUUCUCUAAAUGCAAAUUCAAGUUCUUGUGA